AUGGUCUCAGAAGGUGCAGUCCCCACAGUUCCUGAACAACCAGCUAGUGGAAUGGAAAAUCAAAAAAUGUUGCAAGACCCAAGACCUGAUGCCCCUCCAGACUACAAUUCCCAUUUUGCUCCAGGGCCCCCUGGACCUGCAGGCCAUCCAGGAGGCUUGCCUAUGAGAUAUUACAGUCCACAGCAACCAAGUGCCUCCCCUUUGUACCAGCUAACUGGUGGUAGCCAACGUAUUCAGUAUCAGCCUGGCAAAUAUCCUGUGUCAAAUCAGGCUGCUCCAAUAUGGAUGCCAGAACCUACUCCUAUGACAAACUGCCCACCUGGUCUGGAAUAUUUAACUGAGUUGGACAACAUACAUGUUCUUCAGCAUUUUGAGCCUCUGGAGUUGAUGACAGGCUUUGAAACUAAUAAUAAAUAUGAUGUUAAAAACAACUUGGACCAGAUGGUUUACAUUGUAAAUGAAGAUACGGAUGACUUCACCAGGAAUGCUUAUCGGACACUGAGGCCCUUCGUCCUCCGGGUCACCGAGUGUAUGGGCAGAGAAAUCAUGACAAUGCAGAGACCCUUCAGAUGCUCCUGCUGUUGUUUCUGUUGUCCCUCAGCCAGGCAAGAGAUGGAGGUACAGUGUCCUCCAGGCAUAACCAUUGGUUAUGUCGCAGAACACUGGAACUUGUUCAGGGCAGUUUACAGCAUCGAAAAUGAGAAGAAAGAGAAUGUGUUGGGAGUGUAUGGACCAUGCUCAACCUAUGGCUGUGGUUGGGAUUCUGUCUUUGAGAUCAAAUCUCCUGAUGGUGUGUCUAACAUUGGUGAUAUCACUAGGAAGUGGAAUGGUUUGUUAUCAGCAAUGGCAGAUGCUGACCACUUCGAUAUUCACUUCCCAUUAGACCUGGAUGUAAAAAUGAAAGCCAUGAUCUUCGGAGCUUGCUUCCUCAUUGAUUUCAUGUAUUUCGAAAGAGCUUCACAACGAAAUCGAAGAAGAUAG